CAUUGCUCUAGUUUUGGCCGUGGCUGGCCCUUUUUUGUGUAGCAAUUGGUCUGGUUUUGUUACGCAGACCUGGCAACCCUGAUUGAAUGAACGUAUACAGGUGACCAAGCUACGGGUAUUUGGUAUUUUAGGUGAAACAGGUAUCGCACAUCGAAAAAUGAAAACAACUUACUUCCUCGCGAACUUUUUAAUAACUUUUUUGAGCGUUAUGGUUGGUUUUUCAUUCUCUAAGCUUGCCAGGCCAACGGUACCGGCGAUAGCGCAUCACUUUGGAACAAAAGGCAGGUACGAGGAAGUGAACCCACAUCUAUUAGAUGACAUUUUGUUUGUGAACAAAUCACUGGUAGCUCCCCCGUCUUCAGAUUGCCGUGCAAUUCACAUGGUGUCGGUUAUACGCCACGGAACGCGCUAUCCAACCACCAAAAAUGUGAAAAAGGUCGCACGAUUGUUUGAUCUGGUCUCGUCUCACGCAUCGGGUUCAGCCUCUUGGCUAAAUGAUAUUAAGACUUGGAAGAUGUGGUACACUGAAGACAUGGACGGCAGACUGGUGGAGAAGGGGCGCGAUGACCACAGACAUUUGGCUAUGAGACUGGCACAGUCGUUCCCCACUUUGAUUUCUGAGGAUCAUCUCCGUGCCAACCGCAUUGAGUUCAUCACCAGCUCCAAGCAUCGCUGUGUUGAUAGUGUCAAAGCUUUUCAAGAGGGUCUUCACCGACUCUGGAAUGUUCAGGAUAUGGAUUACAAACACUAUGUGGAUGAUUCAUUAAUGAGAUUCUUUGACCAUUGUGAGAGAUUUGUUGAAAGCGUUGAGAAAAACAAAACUGCUUUGAAAGAGGUAGAACGCUUUAAAUCUUCAGCAGAAAUGGAUGCAGUACGGAGGAAAAUAUCCAGUCGCCUUCAGAUUCCAUACAGUCAGUUCACCCCAGAUAUGGCAGAGGCUGCUUUCUUUUUGUGUUCCUAUGAGUUUGCCAUCAAAUCAGAGAACUCUCCCUGGUGUGGUCUGCUGGAUGAGUCUGAUGCUCAAGUCCUGGAGUACAAAAAUGACCUGAAACAGUACUGGAAGAGGGGAUAUGGGGAUGACAUCAACCGUAAAUCCAGCUGCCCUCUCUUUCAUGAUAUUUUCAAGCGUCUUGAUAAGGCUGCUAAUUACUACAGAUUUGGAGAAGUAAAAAAGACUGCCACCAUCCAGGUUGGACAUGGUGAAACCCUGCUGCCUCUGCUAUCUCUGAUGUCCUUCUAUAAGGAUAAAAAACCUUUAACUGCAGAUAAUUUUUCAUUGCAGCACAGCCGCGCAUUCCGCACCAGUCAGAUUAUACCUUAUGCUGCAAAUUUAGUCUUUGUCCUGUACGAAUGCAGUGAUGGACUCCGAAUACAGUUGUUUCUCAAUGAGAAGUUAAUGACUUUUCCCAACAUGAACCAUUCAGCUCCACUGUAUGAAACGGUCAGAAAGCAUUACUCAAAGCUCCUCAGUGGUUGUGAGUUUAAUAAGGAAUGUAAUGUGCCUCAGUCAAACCUCAGGAACACUGAACUUUGAGUUAGGUUUAUUAAAUAGGUUAUUACAAGGUUGAAUUACUGUGCACUUGCAAUGACUGCAUCUUUUGAUUCUAUAUUUUUCUUCAUGUUGUGGUUGAAGGUUUAAUAUGUUGCUUUAUUUAUUUCAAUGGUUACCAAAUUCCGAGAGGGGAGGGGGUUUGUAUGCUUUAAGAAUGAUUUAUGUUUGUUGUUGUUUUAUUUGCCAAAGAGAAUUAUUGUUAUACAGUGCCAAAUCAUUUGUAAUCUUGUAAUGAAAGCAGUUUAACAGAAAACUUGAAGUUUUAUAUAUUUUAUUAUAAUAAUAACUAUGCAAUUUCUAGUGGGUAGUUCACUUGGUGGGUUUUUACAAAAGUCAAAGACCACAUGGGAUCAGAUCCAAUCUUGAAAAUGGGUUGUAAAUAGUAAGAAGAAAAGAAAUCUGAAAUCUUGGUGUGUGUGUGUGUGU